ACCACCAAUCACUUUGAACAACGAGCAGUUCGUGCGAAAUUCGGAUUUGGAACUUUGCAGGAAUCCAUAAGGAUGAUGGACACCCUUUCGGUCGUGGACCAGCUGAGGGACUUGGCCUCGGAGCCGCAGAACCGGGAGGCGAUAGUGCAGGACCAGGGUUGCCUCCCCGGCCUCGUUCUCUUCCUGGAUCACCUGGAUCCUCAGGUGCUCUUCUCCACUUUGCAGACUCUUCGUUACCUUGCGGAGGCUCCUCUCAACAGGGAGAGAAUGAGGAAAGAACUGGGUAUGAUGGUCAGCCUGGAAAAGCUGAUGGAGAGAGCUGACGGGCAGGAUGACAUUGGCAGUCUGGCCAAAGAGGUGUACGGUGUACUGAGCAGGUCCUUCACCACUGGGGGCCCCAAAAGCCCGGAGCGCUCGAGAAGAAUCAAAUCACAGUUCUUCAUCAACAGUUCCAACAAGAAGGCCAAGUCGGUGACUCUUCACAUAGAGGGACUUGACACUGUGGAUCACCGCGGUAUCUGUGAAGAUGCUCUGCUGAAGGUCAAGGGGGUCAUCAGCUUUACUUUCCAAACAGCGCUGAAGAGGUGUACUGUGCGCAUCCGUUCUGACCUGCCCACCGAAUGUUUAGCAUCUGCCAUUGCAGCCACCAGAGUGCUGACAGCGCAGCAGGUUGUGAAGAAUGAAGCAGGAGAAGAGAUUGUGAUUCCACUACGCUGCACAGCCCCCACUGUGGAGGAAAACACUCACCUGCCUGAUUACCUGCCUGAGGACGAGAGUCCGAAGCAUGAGCAUGACAGGGCGAUCUCUCGAACCACCACCAAGGGCGAGUCUAGCGGGAGCUGGCUCAACACUGCUGCCAGUUUCCUCACUAAGACAUUUUACUGGUGAAGCUGUAAUACCAUUUG